AAGCUAUCUAGAGCGAUCGAAGAGAAAGUAAUCAGUUUAACUCGUCGUAAGUAAGAGUCAACUUAAGUUCAGUAAGAAAUAUAUGAAAACGGCAGCGUGUGAAGACUAGACGUGUAACCAUUCCUCUGGAUACUCGCCGAGAAGCAACAGGGAAGGAUAGAUGCUUAAAGAAAUAUACCAACAGUAAGAUGUAAACACUAAUGGUGUAUUGAUAUACCUUGUCGUCUACCUGAAGAACGGAGAACAUAUUAUCAAGAAAAGGCGAAUGUGUUUGUUUUCUAAAAGAUCAUCAAAAAGGAAAUGGUGCGAACAUCAGCAUUGGUUGUUUUCAUAUUUACUCUUGCCCUAUUGGAACUAUGUGUAGGAGAAACAGAUCCGUUUUAUAACGAAGAAAUUGAAGGCAGUGAUGGGAGUCCUAGACCUAGCCAUGCAAUUUUGACCGAACAGCCUGUCAACCUAACAACGAUGACCACGCGAGAUGAUGUGGAGGCAGAAGUGGAAAAGGGAGAAGAGGCAGUGGAAGGGAUGAUGUCGGUGGAGGGGACAACGAAAAGAGCACUAUUUGUGGAAGAGGAGGAGGUAGAACCUGUUGAGGUGACGACUGUAACGAAGGUAAAUAAAAAAACAGGAGUACCAAAUGAGACAGCUGAAGGAAAAGUUGCGAGAGUGACUGCCACAGAAGCGGAUGAAUCAGCAGAGGAGGCGGCGGACGAGGAGACAGAAGUUGUAGAUGAUGAAGAACAUUAUGACAUCAACCCAAAACUGAAACUUCCGUUUAAUGCCAGGGACAAGAAACCGCAUAGGCCUAAUUGGCGGUCUAAAGAAGGCAAGUGCUCGUCAUGUCCCGCAAUUGCUCGUAAAGUUGGAAUGUGUCAUUGCUGAUUAUUACAGUACUAUAGUAUUGUAUAACUUCCGUUUAAUGCCAAGGACAAGAAACCGCUUCAUAAUCUACGCGACUGCCCAUCAUGUCCCGCAGGGCCCGUAAACUUGGAUUAUGUCAUUGAUAAUCAAUGCAUGUACAAACUUCUUUUUGUUAUGUGAAUUUUAGCGUCAAUCGUAUUGAGAGUUUCAUGUAUCGUGGACUUAAAUUGCAUGUGCAUUUUGUGAGCUGCAUUUAAGAAAUAUUACGGAAUAUUUGUCAUUUUAGUAUUGUUUUAUUUGAUUGGAUGUCAAAAACAUUUAGUACACAGAUAUUACGUUCUAUUGAACGAGUGUUUGCCAUUAAUGAUCUGGACCGAUCCAAGACGCAACUAGAAAGAAACAAAAGAUAAAGGGUCAAAAUUAGCAAAUACGCUACUGAAAAUUUACGAUAGGCCUGACUCAGUUGCCUACCCUUAGGUUUGAAAGAAGAUAUUAACAAUUAACUGAUGCAAUCUUCGAAAAACAGUAUUGAUAAUAAGUAUUAAGAUAGAUAAAUUUUAACUGUACCGUAACCCUAAGAAAGUAUGUGUACAUAUCAGGUAUAUAUUAAUUAUAUUGUAAAUGAAUAUUUAGAUUAGAAUAGUUUUUUUCAUUAAUGAUAUAUGGUAUUUAUGAAUUGUGUAUAAAUGUAUUAUUGGUGAAUGCAGUUCCAGCUUGCAUGUUAACGUUUGGUUUAUGACAUGGUCAACAAUUUUCGCGAUGAUUUAUCAUUGUGAAUAUACUCCCAUGAGAACACGAAGGCGCAGAGUAAUAAAUUGCAAUUGUCAAGUGAAUGGUAAGAUACGUCUAUAGUAUAUCGGGAAUGAAACGCUAAUGGUAAUAUUAUUUCUGCUUUAAAAUGGUUUAUUAAUGUAUAUUAGGCUAUGUCGUGCUGUCUCACACAUUUGGUAAAUGCUAGGCCUAACAGUCAUGGGGAAUAUUGUAUAGAUAAUGAAAUAAAAUGUUGUCGAACGUUUCUUUGAAAAAAAAA